CGUAAACAAAAGUUAAUUUGCAAAUUACUUAAUAUUUGUAAGAGCGACAAAUAUGAACAAUGGACCAACAACACCCGAAACCAAAACUAAAUAUCCAACCUAUGUAAUACUUGGCUCUGGUGGCCACACAGCCGAAAUGUGUAAAAUCAAUCAAGCGCUACUGCUGCAACCGAGCGUUGGUGAGAAUUACCAACCAAUACGUUACAUUGUGGCCAACAGCGAUGUCACCUCACGGGAUCAACUGAGCGCCACAUUGCCCGCAUGGACAAUGGACAUAGAUGUGCAAUACAUUAGUGUGCCGCGCAGUCGGAGCGUUGGCCAAAACUGGCUGAGCACCAUAUUUAGCACGCUAUGGGCACUGCUGUGGAGCUGUUGGCUCGUUUGGCGCGACAAGCCGCAAUUGGUGCUCUGCAAUGGCCCCGGCACCUGUGUGCCCUUCUGCUACGCCGCAUACCUUUGGCGUCUACUGGGCCGACUGCCCGCCCACACCAAGAUUGUCUUUGUCGAGAGCUAUUGUCGCGUCGAGACAUUAUCGCUGAGCGGACGCCUGUUGCUGCCACUGGCCGAUAUGUUUGUGGUACAUUGGCCGGCCCUUGCCACACGCUAUGCCCACAAACCCAAUCUUCGCUAUUUCGGCAGGAUAUUAUAAAGUAAAUGAGUAAAUUAAUAAAGAAUGUAAAUAUGUGUGUACAUAAUAA